AUGUCUGAUAUCGCUCUGUACGGAUUCACCAACGGUACGGUCAUCCCCCUACCCUCUCGCUACAUACAGUCACAUAUCACGGGCAUCAUCGACGGAUGGACCGACCCGCAAUCCUGCAUCCCCUGUGGAAAGACACACAGCUGGGAGGUAUGCCGCUUCUCCAACGACCAGCAACAUGAUGCCUACGACGAGGGUAUCAUGAUCCGCGAUACCACUUCCCCUACCCCCAGGAACAUACCCCUGGUCAUCAUACCCCGCAAUCCCGCCCAACCGCGGGCACCGUACGAUGCCAUACAGGCCAGCAAGGAUGAGGCACUCGCGCCAAAUGCAGGGGAGGUCUGCUCCCUGGACCGCCUCGUGGCGCUAGUGCGGGAGAGCCUCAAAGAUGCCAACGGCGUGCAAAUGCCUCUUCUGGGGCCUGUACAAGUCGACUGCUCUGAUCGCACAGGAGCGACGAAAGCUUUCCGUCCUCGUCGCGCAUUCAUGUUCGACAAUCUCGGGCCGUCUCAUCCGUCCAUACCGAAAGCCUUCGUGCCCUUUGAGCACUUCGAUCUCCUGCAAGACGCAACGCUCACCGCCGAUCUUACGGCGUUCUCUGGCUUCACACACGGGUGUCUCCUCUCUACCUUCCUCACGACGCUCGAGGAAGGCGCCUCCACUUGCCCCGGUGUGCUGAUCUUCCAGGGCUCGCGAGACAUGAACACCCAGGCAGGCAGUCAGUGGAGGAUCUUGGUGGCUUGGUUCCGGACAGGGAGAUGGGCGGAGCCGACUGCGAUUUUCUCUCCUACUACAUCCUGCCUAGUCUAUGAGACGCCCUCUUAG